GACUUAAUGAGUUCUUAACUUCCAGUAAACAUUGUUGAGUUUAGAAGUAAAAGUUUUAACAAAAGAAAAACUUUAUCGUUUUUGGAGUAUCCCACAAGAAGAAAAUCAUGUUAUUGUAACUAAUGUGGAAAAACAAGCCAUUUUUAGCAACAACACGCUAAUUUACCGACGUAAAAAGAAAUUGAUUUUUUGAAUUAAGUAGAGAAUAUAAGGAAAUAAAGUUUGUGUGAUGAAAUAAAGACUGAAAUUCCUAGUGAAUUAAGUCUUAUGGAUAGUGAAAAUGGAAGACUUUUAAGAAACUCAAAUCGUUCAAUUUCUAUUGUUAACAAAUAUUUUAAAAGAUCCAUGAAUUUUGAUUAAAACAGUCUUGAUGGUAAUAGUAAAUUAAAGAGAAGAAGCUGUGAAUGUUCAGAAUGUGGAAAUCUAACUUAAUUUUAAAGAAAACAUGAAGAUUUAUCAUUACCUAAGAGAGAUAAAAAAAUAAAGCAAUUUUUAAUAAGAAAACAUCACAAACAUAUAAAAGGAAAAAAAAAUGAAUUGCAAUUGAGUUAGAAAAAAAUAAUAGUAUAAAAAUCAAUAAUUUCUUCACCUUAAAGUCAGAAAUCAUUCUAAAUUAAAUAAUUUGAUUAAACUAGAAGAACAUAAGACAUUAAUAAAUUAAUUUUGAAUCGUAUAUCAACAAGAGAUUUAGAAUAGCCAAAAUAAGUUUAAAGUAAAUAUUCAAUAAUUAAUUCUUGUAAAUAAUUGGAUUCUCCUUAAUUUACACAAAGUAAGUCAUAGAGAUAAAUAUAACACAAACCAACAAUGUCUUUUUGCACAAUUUCUACAUCUAAGUGGAAAUCUUACAAGAAUACAAAAGAAUUCUAAUGA